AUGCUGGUCAACCAAGUUAUCCGAUGCAACAAAGGUAUCCGGAUUAUAGAUGCGGGUGUGAAUAUUCUUACGGAGGAGACGGUGGAUACGGAGGAGAUGGUGGAUACAGAGGAGACAGUGGAUACAGAGGAGAUGGUGGAUACAGAUGAGACAGUGGAUACGGAGGAGACGGAUGUCAACUCUUUAGAUGAACUAAAGAAACGGAUACAAGAAAUAGCAAACGCGGAUGGUUUUGUUAUUGUCACCCGUCGAUCAAAGAAAAUCGAGGGAAGAACCGGGAGGGUAUGGCUUGAAUGUGGCCGUGGUGGUGAGCACCAAACUACAGCAACACUUAAAAAAGCCGGAAGCAAAAAAACCGGUUGCCCGUUUUACCUGCUGGUUAUGCAAAACCACCCGUAUGAAACCUGGGAGAUAAAAGACGAAAAAAUUGAACAUAACCACGAACUUUGUAAGGACCUGUCGGCCCACGCGUUCGUGCGAAGGUUUAUUCCAAGCGAAAAGAAACUGAUCGAGGAGCUAACAGCUCAAAACAUUGAGCCGCGCAAAAUAUUUCGAACGAUAAGAAAGCAGGACCCCGACAAGUUUCAUGUUCAGAAAGACGUUCAAAAUGUUUUGGCGAAGAUUAGAGCCGAACAAAGACAAGGAUUGACUCCCAUGCAGUCACUAGAAAACGUGCUGAUAAACAACGACUUUAUUUACGAGACAUGGGAGCAACCCGGAACAAAGAUCAUAACAACAGAGAUCUUCUUUCUUCAUGAGUACUCGAAAGACAUGUGGCGUGCAUUUCCCCACGUCAUGCUGAUCGAUGCGACAUACAAGACAAACUUAUACAAUAUGCCAUUUAUGCAGAUUGUUGGUAUAACACCUACCAACCAUUCAUUAUGUAUCGCGCAUGCCGUUGUUAGCAAAGAGCGGGGUGAUAACUUUGUGUGGGUGCUUAAGAGGAUCAAGUCAAUGUUGGAUGAAUGUAUGGAGCCACGUGUGAUUGUAACCGAUAGAGACAUGGCCCUUAUGGGCGCAUAUGCUAAUGUAUUCCCAAACGCCUCCAGGCUUCUUUGCAGGUGGCACAUACAACAGAAUGUUAUGAAGCACUGCAAGGCUGCCUUCACAGAAGAAGACUGCGAUAAAUUUUUGUCAUUCUGGGGGACAUUGAUUGAGUCUCCAUCCAUACCCAUCUACGAGUACCACUUGCGCAACUUGCGAAAGCGACUUGUGGAGUGCAAACGUUCUAUCUUCAAUUACGUGUACGAUAACUGGCUAAAAGACUAUAAGGAGAUGUUUGCCUUUGCGUAG